UUGAGGGAGAGAAUACUGUCGACAGUUGAUUUUUGCUUUUUCGCAUAGUGAGGAAUGUAAAAUCCAUGAAAAUCCUAUCUUGCCACACCAGUUCUAUUCACAAUCGUUUUCACAAUUAUUUGGUAUCGUGAGAUCGUGAAAAGUGUGAAAAAUUUUCGUUGAAAGCAGUGCUGAAAGUGUUGAAGAAAAUCAAUAUUCAUUCUUUCAUCGAUUUUAAUUAAUAAUCUUCAAACAAUUAUUUUUUCUUCUUCGUGAUAGCACUUAUACUACCUUAUCUAUACUACAUUUUUUUGUCAGUUACAUGUGAAAAGUAUUUAAAAAGCUGUAAAGUGAGAGAAAAGUGGAAAAUUGGAAAAACUUUCAGUUAAUGUUAUUGGAUAAGUGUGUGUGUACGUGUGGGAUUUUGGAUGAAAAUGUGUGAUCAAAUAUAGGGCACAAAAUGCCUAUUUAUACAUACGAUGAAAAACCAUUUUUCCGCCUCAAAAAAGCAAAUAAUGGAACUUCCCUGAGGAAAUAACAUAUUCCUUAGAAAUAAUAAUCAACCACACGGAUAUAAACGCCGUAUUUGCCAUUUGUACGCUCACCGUCUUGGACGUUGGUUUUAACAUUACGCCAAGAUGCUUAGGGAACGGCGUCGUCAUGCGAACUUCAAACCCAACCGAAAGUUGGAUAGAAAAUCAUCACGUGGAAUGAUAUUUGAGAAUGAGGAACUUCGUUUGCGUACAAUCAAUAUAAAUGCCGAAGUUGAGCGUGGUCAGUCGGAUAUUCGGAAGCUGCGGCGUGAGAAUGAUCAGCUAAGACGAGAGAUUUGGUGCUUGCGCGAUGAGUACGAUCGCUUAGAUAAACUCUUGAGGCAGAAUAUUAAAGACGGCGGGAAAAAUGUUUCCGACUCAGAGGACUCUGGGGAAUCUUGUGAUACAUGUGGGGAAGAGGAAGAUGAGGUGAUUGAAGAAUUGGAAGAGGCACCAGCUGAAGGUGUGGAGACAACUGAAAAUGAGCAGAAUAAUCUGAAAGCCAAUCUCCAUGUAAAGUUCGAUCAUCUUUCCAUUGUCUCCGAAGAGAAUCUCGCAUAUAGUGGCUCAAGUUCGUCCCAUACAUCUCCACAUCACAAUCAAUCUGCCUUCUCUGCCCUAUCCCCUCCUGAGACUCCAGAUCUCCCCAAAAUUACAGAUCUUCAGUCGGUUGGCCCACCUCUAUCACAUUUUGAAAAUAUCUUCUCGGCAAUUCCAUACGAAAACCUAGAGAAGUCUAUAGAAAGACCUGAUGAAAGUACGUGCUCUAAACUCGAAGUACCCGAAAGCUCCAGAGAGGGAAGAAAAUCACCAAAAUUACAAAGCCCCACAAGGAAUUUCCAGUCAGGAGGAAAUCUAGAAGAUCUUCUGCAGGACAUUGAGGCAUUAUCUGAGGGUAUUCUCCAAAUGCAAAAUCAAACCAGAGAAUGUGUUCCCGCGGCAAAUUUAGAAUCAUCAAAAAUGACUAAAUUCCGAUCAGAGGUUAAUCUUGUGCUCUCAUGCAAUGAUCAACAAGAAACCAAUGAAGCCUCUAAACCUGAUAUACUUCUGGUGCAAAGUGAACUAAGGCCUCCAGAGCCAAUGCCUAUCCUUUCAGCUUUAUAUCCUCAUCAACCGGAAAAGAGGAAUUUCCCACAGAAUGAGCAAAAGAAUACCUUCGACCCAAGUCUUUUGCUGGCACAUCUACCAUGUGUCUCUAGUCAUAUUCUAACACCGAAGAUUCUCAAUGUUGAAGAGAAGAAGCCGCCAGUUGAGAAUAAUAAAAUUAAUCAUACAGGAGGAGGUGCACAAGAAGGAGAAAAAAUAGAUAAACCGAAGCAGGAAAAGACACCAAACUGCCCAUCAUCGUCUGAAGAGAGUCGACGGAAAUCUCGGCGUGUUUCUCUAUAUUUCAAUGGAAAAAAGAACGAAGAGCUCCCAAAUGAGGCUUCCAAUAGUUCCACCAUAAAGGUUCCAUCUGCCGCAGAACGCGUUAGUGGUGACUCUUCAAGUGCCACUCCGGCUCCUGGACCAUCUUCGGGUGAUCAGCACCACCGGAAAAACAGCGAAGUACCCAAACAUAAAUCAAAGAAGCGCACACAUCGUAUUUCCGAUCGAAACUCCCACAACCCACUUUCAGAUGAUGUUUUGGGAUUCACAUCCGGUGAAAGAAAUAGUGUGGCCUCGUCGCGGGAAUCAUCAGCCAGCGUCAGUACACGUUCCCAGAAGUCACGCCGUAUCUCCAUCAAUUCCCAUGCUGGUGGAAAGAUACCCUGGUGUGCCUGCUGGGGCAAUGGUUGCAUCUAAAUGCAUGAUCAGAGAUGAAAUCGGGUGAGUUUUGGAGUGAAUGUGACUGCAUAGCCCGCGUAUUAAUGUGAUCCUUCUAUAAGUAAAGCGUUUUAAGAUCUUAUUGCAUCAAUUUUUAAUUAUCUGGAUAAAUUUAAAAAAAUCAAAAUUAUAUUCUUUUAUAACAUUUGGGGUAAAUAAAACAAAAUGAUUUUUUUGUGGAAAUUAAUCUUUUUAGCGAAAGCGAAAAAAAAUGAAUAAAGAUUUACUAAAAUCUUUAAACAUAACAAAGAAUGUACAUUUUGUACUGUACAAAAUAGUUUAAGUGAUAUUAAGUAGAUAGAAUAUAGAUGAAAUUAAUGUAGGAAGAAUAAAUAAAUAUAGAUUUUUUCUUUGUAAAAAAA